GACAUCUCUGGCUGCGUCGAUCUGCAAAGUAGGGCAGAUGCAUCACACGUCAUCCACGUGUGCUCGGGCGGAUGACGUCACCCGUCCGCCAUCAGAGGGCUUCCAAGGGUUGCGACCUAUAUCACCCAUGGACCCUCCCAACCUACUUUCUGUUUACAUCUCAGGGGUAUAUUCCUGUCUAAAGAGUCCAGAGAGAACACCAGCAAAUUCACUAGACUCCGCGAGGUGUAAGCGAAAAGCAUCUCACCCUGCAACAUCACAUCAUACGCCGGAGUAGAAAGGGCUUAACGUCAUCAAGCAAUGGCUCCUAUCCACGAACGCAUCCGCCAGGAUCUCCUUAUCAAAGAGCGAAGUCUGUGGACCGCUCUCACCUCCGCCGACCCAGGCCCCGAGAUCGAGAAACUGUCCAACCCCGAAGCCAAUCUACUGUUCCCCAAAACACCCAUCUUGACGUUGGACGGUGAGCCUUCUCUACAACAAACACUAAAGCCACCGUUCCAUCAUUUCGAUGCGUUCGAAUUGAAGGAAGUCCGAGUCAUCAUCAUUGAUCUCAUGGCGGGAACCGUUACCUACAAUAUCAAUGCCUCGAGAGGAAAGGAGGAGUACAAGGCCACGGGAUCGACAACAUGGAGCCAAGCGUCGGAUGGCGAAUGGAGAAUUGUGGCGCAUACAGAGACAUUGCUCUGAAGUUGCUUUAGCGGGAGGCAUUUUGUUCACUGGUGUCAUUUCUUAUCUAUGUCUUUUAAUUUCUUGAUGAAGCCUGGCUUGUAUGAGUUUAUGAAUUUCAAAUAUACCAGAGGAUGAUGAAUAAUAAUUCUGUGUCCAUUCAGCACAUAUAUAUGUUAAUGUGCAUAUAUAUGCCCAUGUCUUGAGUACUGUCGAG